UGUUUGGGAAGCGCGACAGCAUGGACGACGAGGAGGAGACCUACCGGCUGUGGAAGAUCCGCAAGACGAUCAUGCAGCUGUGUCAUGACCGUGGCUACCUGGUGACCCAGGAUGAACUGGACCAGACACUUGAGGAAUUCAAGGCGCAGUUUGGGGACAAGCCCAGCGAAGGACGGCCAAGGCGCACAGACCUCACGGUGCUGGUGGCCCACAACGAUGACCCCACAGACCAGAUGUUUGUGUUCUUCCCAGAGGAGCCCAAGGUGGGCAUCAAGACCAUCAAGGUAUACUGCCAGCGCAUGCAGGAGGAAAACAUCACACGGGCGCUGAUUGUGGUGCAGCAGGGCAUGACGCCCUCCGCCAAGCAGUCCCUGGUGGACAUGGCCCCGAAGUAUGUGCUGGAACAGUUUCUACAGCAGGAGCUGCUCAUCAAUAUCACAGAGCACGAGCUAGUCCCUGAGCACGUGGUCAUGACAAAGGAGGAGGUGACUGAACUGCUGGCUCGAUACAAGCUUCGUGAGAGCCAGCUACCCAGAAUCCAGGCCGGGGACCCAGUGGCACGGUACUUUGGGAUCAAGCGAGGGCAGGUCGUGAAGAUCAUCCGCCCCAGUGAGACGGCUGGCCGCUACAUCACCUACCGCCUGGUGCAGUAGCCGCAGGGGAAACCUAGUGCUCAGAGACUGAAGCAGGAGGAUUGCUGCACAUCUGUGGACUCCUUCUCGGUGUGAGUGUCUCCAGGAAAACAAUGAAGAGGAACCCACAGCUGCACCGCAUGCAGGGAAACCCAGAGCCCACUGCUCUGCACAGCACCCUGACAGCUGUGGGCCACAGCCUGUGGGUCAUAACUGGAUUGCCUUUUGACUGACGGGUUCCGUCCUGGCCAUUGUCGCAGGAUGAGUGACUCCAGAGCUGCAGCCACACCCCCACUCCUUACUCCAGGGUCACUGUUCUGUUCAGAGUUCUCCAUUCUCGAAGGACUCUCCUGAGAAUUAAAGGAUACUUUGAUAA